AUGACGUUUUACCCGCCAAUUUUGUUGGUCCUGCUGCUGACUCUAAGGGAGACAACUGCAGCUGUCGCAAUCGUCAGGAGUUGGGUUCCUUCUCGGCGAGUACAAGAUAUCUCAAGAAGGUUCCCUCACGAUGGUAGCCACGACAACGGUUUCUGUGGACCUUCUUUCCGGUUCCUUUACAACCGAACUACAAUGUCUGACGAUCGCUCUGUGCCGUCUCUUGCCACCAAUUCCGCCCGGUUUGUUCAGCCUGCCGGAAGUGUAGGGGGAACUGCGUUGUUACUCGGCAGGGACGGCUUCUUGACGAUCUGGACAAUGAGCUACAUAACAUUUGCCAACCGAUUUAAGUUCAUGCUUAGAUUUAAGCUACAAGAGGACUUUGAGUACCAGGACCGCCUUUACAACUUGUUAGGGGAUGGACCCUGUGGGAACUACACUUCAAAAUAUAGAAUCAGUAUUAACCCUGUUAAACGGGAGGUGUAUGCUGAUGUUACACUGAGGAAUCGCGCCAUGAUCAACCUCGCCCUGUCAGACGUGAGGUUAGACGACUGGAUAGUGGUGGAACUGGAGGCUGAACGGGGACAGAUUCGUCUCGUUAUCGAUAACAGGGAAAGCACGGGUUACAUUGGAGCCUCCACCAUCAAGUCGUCCCCGUGUCCUAUGGAGAUCGGGAAGGAAUUGUCGACAGCUGCAGGAUUUGUCGGUUACAUUGACGUGCUUGCAUUUCACAACUGCUUUGGAAACUGA